AUGACCGGUGAUGGGACGUUACCAUGUGGUGGUAACCUGUUCCUCGACUAUGUAUGUACAUUGAGCAAUGCAGAAAAAGGCUACCUCUACUCUCAACCAGCAUGCGGUAAGCCAUAUUUGUCAUUUCACCUAGUACUAUUGACUGAUUUUGAGAAGAUCAGCACAAUGGUCCAGCAAACUUCUUCAACAGAAUUAGAAACCGCUCAAAAGCUCCUGAGGAAUCUCGGUCUCCUCACAAGUAGCGAUAAAUUGCAUCCUGUCUUUCGGCAGUCAUACUUACGGUCCAUUAUGCUAGGCUCCCAAAAAUGUGCGAAAAUCAACUCAGUAGAAGUGGAUGUCAAGCGACGGCAAAAUGAAAAGGAGCUCGGAAAGAAAGCUGCUGAAAGAUGGGAGUGCAUACUGAGGUAUCUGGCGCUGCCCUCAGACAAAAACAUGAGU